GCUUCCCCCAUCAGAGUUCUGAGGAGCGCUGGUGGAGGUAGGUGCGAGAGAGGCAGCUCUUUGCUAAUUUUUUUUACUUAGGGUAAUAUUUUUCUAGUUCAACAAUUAAUAAAAUACUGAGAGAUCAUUUAAUAUUUAGAAAUAUAAUUUAUAAAAUUUUCUUGUGGUUGGACUGGAAAAAUAUGACCCUAUGAGUGAGAGCAGCGCCAGUUGGUGUUUGUGGCUGACAACCGGUCAUAACGCUAACUGCGUCUUUUGUUUUUUUUCAGCUGUGGACCAGUUGUGUGGAGUCACAUUAUUUCUGUUCAUAACACAUUAGCGAGAGCGGAUGUGACUCUGCAUGUAGCUGACGGCUGUCAGCAAACAAAAGCGUGUGUGCGUGUGCUGUGCCAGUCAGAUGGACCCAGCUGGAAGUAUAUAAAACAGCUGGGGCCACUGCGCAUUCAGAAGUCUUCACCAGGGACCUGUGUGCAAAUCAGAACCACUUCCCACAACAGCUUCAGACAGUAAUGAAGUGCAGCCAUCUCUUCUCCUGGGCCUUUGUGCUUGUGGCCUCUGGCACCCUGCUGGCCCACCCUAUCACAGAAUCGGCUGAGAUGCCCUAUCCAGGACCAGCGUCAGUGGAGGUUCGUGUUAUCGGAACGCUGGAUGACGAGUCUCUUCCUGAGCAAACGUUUAUUCCUCAGGACGGUGCAGCUCUCCGAUAUUCCACUUUAGUAUCUGGGGAAGUUAACAGAGAUGGCGUCAGGACGAUAAAUCUGGUGCCAAGAGGAGUCAGGAGAGAGGUCUUAUUAGAGAAACAAAGUCUUCUGAAACCUUACAGCCGCUUGCUGGGGAUCCGUAAGCAGUUAAGGAAGAGAAAUGGAAAUUCAGAGUGUUUCUGGAAGUACUGCGUCUAAAAAUCGUGGUAGUUGGAUAUCUGCCUUAAUACAGAGGAAAACAUACAGUAUGCUAGAUACACUUUAAAACGGCAGACAAAGCAAACACCACACUCCAUGCAUGCAUACAUUGCAUGUUUCCAAGGCUCAAACCUUUACUUUCAGUUGAUUUACUGUCAGAUUUACUUUUAAACUGUGGAAAGUCAUGUUAAGAUCUUUGUAUGUAUUUAAAAGGAUUUGAGUUGU